AUGAAUGAACUUGAGGAAAAGCAAUUAUCCGAUCUUGAGAUUGUUCGUAAUAAAUUGAUACUAGAACAAGAGUCUAAUAAGAUUGUAAAUGACACUCAUCGUGCUAGUCAGGUUUUGGAAAUUCAAGGCAAGAGAGCGAUUGUUCAGGUGCUGAUUCAUGUUGAAUUUACUGAUGAUAUCCUAAAGAUUCCCAUAUCGGAAAACUUGUUAGCUGGUCUUGUCAAAAAAGUCGACAAGGGUGUGCUUGAUGAUGAAGACAAUUUCUCUAUUUUAUUUGUGGCUGUGGGCGUGAAUAUAGAAACAGCUCGUUUCUUUAAGCAAGAUUUUGAAAAGAAUGGAUCUAUGGAGCGUGUCUCAGUAGUCUUCAAACUUGGCUACUGA